UUAUGAUCAGCCGUCGCUACGUCGUUUCGUGUCGUCGUCUUUCUGUUCAGCACUUUACCUCCGUCUUGUAGGGUUGCUACCGUACACUUAACCGUCACCUGAAGGGUACAGAGAAGCUUAACAGAAGCUAAGGGAUAUGAAAAAUGUGAGUGUUAGAUGGAAUGAAACACAACCUACAUGCCUUAUCCAGGUUCUUUUCCGCUUAAACGUUCACCAUGGGUCGUGUAAGAACUAAAACAGUGAAAAAGGCCGCGAAGGUCAUUAUUGAAAAAUAUUACACUCGCUUGACCUUGGAUUUCCAUACAAAUAAAAGAAUUUGUGAAGAAGUCGCUAUUAUUCCGACAAAGCCAUUGCGGAAUAAGAUUGCUGGAUAUGUCACACAUUUAAUGGGUCGUUUGCGUCACUCUCAAGUUAGAGGCAUCUCUAUAAAACUCCAAGAGGAAGAGCGAGAACGUCGUGAUAAUUACGUUCCAGCCGUAUCUGCAUUGGAGCAGGAUAUUAUUGAAGUUGACUCUGACACUAAAGAAAUGUUGAAGCUUUUGGAUUUCCAUAAUAUUCGUGGAUUACAAUUAACUCAACCAUCUACCGGUGGGGCAUUCAAUAGAAGAAAUUAAAACUGUAUUUUAGUGUCGGCAGAAAUACAUUUCUAAUUUAACAAAAAAUUUCGUUUAA